AUGGACGAUGGCGGCAACGCGAUGAAGCUGUUUGGAUUCAACAUGGCCGAGACCGAUGAGCCCGCCGAGUUGGCCUCCGUCUCCUCCUCCUCCGCCAACGCUGCCGCCGCCACAGGUGGCAGCGGAGACAGGGCCAAGUAUGAGUGCCACUACUGCUGCCGCGAGUUCACUAAUUCGCAGGCGCUCGGCGGCCACCAGAACGCGCACAAGAAGGAGCGCCAGAAGAUGAAGCGCGCGCAGUUGCAGCAGCAGAACCUCGUCUUCGCCGCUUCCGCCGCCGCUAGCGGCGGUGGCCUACUGUUUCCUCGGAAUUCGAUCGGGUCGGCUUUCUCUCCUCCGGCGCAGCUACUCCGAGGCGCCUCAGUCCGGUGGCUCUACUUCUCCCGCACGCACGAGCCGACGGCCCCUGUGUCGGCGGCGGCGCCCAUGCACGUGUCUCACGGGUGCGCCUUCCCUUCUUCUUCGUCCACGACUGCGCCGGCCGUCUCGGGGCCCGCCGUCUUCGCCCGCGCUUCCACCGGCGACCCAGCAGCACCGUCGGUUCGGAGGAUCUCCGUUGAGAAGGGGACGCGCAAUUCGGCGGUCAACUCGCCCGUUCCGGCCGAGUCGUGCGAACUCGACCUCAAACUCAGCCUCGCUCCCGCCGGGUUGUGA